AUGAUCUCCGCGCAUCCUUCUUCGCAAAUCAAUUGGCAGAAGCUGUCGACGACUCCUUCAUCCAUCCGCUUUCACUCACUCUCUCCCUUCACUUCAUUCUCCAUGGCACUUCACAUUCAAAUGGGCUACUCGCGAUCGAGACGCGCUCGCAAUCAGCUCGUCAUCAUGUUCAUCGUGCUCGCGUGCCUCACCUCGUUGUACGUGCUUCUGCUCAAAAUCCGACGAAUGAUCCAUUUGUCGCAAAUGGACGAGAACUCGCUUCAUUCGGCCACCAUCAACGACGUCAUCUAUUACAAUCAGAGUUUCACGCGGCGCAAUUCGAUCGGCUCGAAGCCGGAGCUCGCGCUUCUCAUGACGAGCCACAUUCACAAUUUCGACAUUCCGAUGACGUGCAAAUCCACCGACGGCUACUAUGAGGAGACGUCGACGAUCAGACUGACAAAAAUUGGCGAUUCGCUGAUGAAGGGCUCGUGCGUCGUCGUCGAGGACCCGAUUUCGAUGACGAUCAAACUCGACGAUUUUCAGGUUCAGGUAAUUGAAACGCCGUCGAAGCCGCCCGAGUUCGCCAACGACGAUCACGUCAUCUGUGUGUCGCAUCUGGUGUUGUACGAAGACGGCGCCACCGUGCUAUCAUUGCUGAAGCACUUCAAGAGCGACGCCAACAAGAUUUUGAUCUACGCUUCGAGUAUUAGUGAUGACCUGUUUCGGACCAUCGAGGAGUUCUCGGACAACGUCCAAAUCGUUCCGUGGAUGUUGCCGGAAAACCGGAAGCACGACGAGUUCGACGUGCUCAAAUUGAAUCCGACGUACGCGGCGGCGGCGAUCGAAGCGAGCCUCGCGCACUGCUUUCUGACGUACGCGCCGACGGUUCGCAAAUUGACGUUGAUCGAUCUCGCCGAGCUCAAAUUCAAUUCGGCGCCGUUCGCCACCGAUUUCCAGCUAAACAAAAAUUUGAGCUCUUUGGUGAAUAGCGCGUGGAGAAUCGAGCAGUUGGUGACGUAUAAAGUGGCAAUUAAUUCACAAAAUGAGAUUGUGCUGAGUGAGAAGUGCUUCGUGAAGGCGUCAAACAAUUGGGACGAUCAGUGUGGUCCGUUGAGCGGAAGCCCGAAUUUGAACUCGCCGGUCCGCUCGAUUUAUAUUCCAAAGGUUAUUCAAUACGACAAUCUGAGUAUGUAUGCCGACGCUCUUGGAAGAUGCACUUCCUACAAAUCGGUGAUCGACGACCAUCAAAAACUGAUGAAAUUCGAGUUCGAGCUCGAAAACCGCGUGGCGUCGGCCGACGUCUGCGAGAUCGAGCUGCUUCGCAACAACUUCGACUGUCGCGUCGCGAUGGACUACAACAAGAAGAUGUUUCGGCGUCGAACGCGCCUUCUAGUCACGAGAAAACGAGCGUUUUUGAGGUUCCACGACGGCUGCCAUCUCUAG